AUGGAGCCCCAGCUGCAACGUCCUAUCCUGGCACCCCAACAUCUAGCACCCCUUCUGGACUCGGGUCCGAGGCUAAAUAACCUCCCUCUUGAUGUCACUUUCAACAUUCUAGAGGAAUGUUCUGCCUACGAUAUAAUCUCCCUGGAAUCUACAUGUCGUUCAAUCAGGGCCUCUAUCCGCUCAACACAAGGAUGUGCUAUCUUCAUAAACAGAGUCAAGCAGGACAGCUAUGAAGCCAUGACCAUCUAUCACAUCGAUAAGAUCCAGAUUGAACAACAGAAAUGGCGCGACAGGAGAUGGGAGAAAGAUAAACCUUCUUCUGCUGCCCCGGUUCCAUGGACGAUUGCGAUGGAAUCUGAGCAGGAUGAGGACUACGUCGAGCCCGGAUUCCCUGCUGCAAAGGCUCUUCGAGAGUUCAGAAUGGAAGAUCAACCUCUUGAUGAGCAAUGUAAGGAUCUCAGGAAGUAUAUUAAGCUAGCAGAGUUCUUCUCAUCCCACUGCAGACUAGCUCUUGCCAGAAAGAGACGUGGACUGGGAAUCAAAGUUGAGGAGCCGGACGCCAAUGACACAACCACGAAGACCACCUAUAUGCACAACACGGCCAGGCAGAAUCAAAAUGAUCAAAAUGAUCAAUUAUCUCCUUUUUUACAGGUACUCGGGCGGCUUACUCAUGCGCAGUUCAUGAAGACCUUCCUAGAAUACUGGAUUGCCACUCGUGUUUUUCAGUGCUACAUCGGUGCGGGGUGGCCUAGUCACAUUCGAGGGGACAAUUGGGUCUGGGUUCCAGCUUGCGAGAAGAUCUUCGGAACUCAACAACAGUAUAGCUACUGCCAAUUUGGCAGGAUCGCAGCUAUGAAAGAGUUUAUUGGACAGUGUCUCGGAGCUUAUUUAGUUUGGUGCGACUCCCUCUGGCGUCGACGAUCGCUAGUUAGGGGGAUUAACAUCCAGUCGGGCCCGGGUGGACAAAAGGGAAUGCUCGAGAACCAUAUCCAGUGUUAUGUUGGUUUGUGCACUCAAGACAAAAGUGAGUUCCUUCCUUAA